CGCGAAUUAAAUCAUACAGGCGAAACGCGCGGACAAGUGUCUUUAGAAAUGAGUCUGCAAUUAUUGGAAUACGUGCGGGAAAAGUGUAAUGUACUGAAUAGUGAACGUUCGAUGUCACGUAUAUAAAGAAACUGGUGACGCAGAUGCGAUGGAGAUGGUUUGGUAAAUAAGAUCACACGAUCUCUCUCAACCAACGAAACGUUUCCUGGCAGCAUGGCUGGCAACUUGGUAUACAUGCGAACUUGGUGUAUCCGCGCGGUUCGAUGCACCGCGCAUUAAAAACAUUGUUUACACGUCUACGUUUAAAUAUUUAAAUUAAGGCGACUGGUAAACAUUCCCUCGUGAUCGUGUUAUUCUCUCUAUCGAGGGCUGUUUGUUAGGUGCAUCGCAUGCCUUUCGCGAUCAUGGCAAACGAAGAACAAAAUUCGUUUUGCAAGAGAAUGCGAAAGGCAACGAGGGAAAUUCACACGAUCAGCGACAGUUUGGUGAACGCGAAAUUAGCUUUUGGAUUCUUCGAUAAUUCUAUAUGGGCCGACGGUUUGUUGGUGUUCUACGAAAUAUUUCGGUACUUGGAACUGGCCAUGAUUAGAUCGAAGGAUACCCAAGUAGGGUUAUUUCUACGCGAAGAGCUUCGUCGUACAGAAGCGUUCGAACGCGAUCUCGAGUUCUAUCUAGGAAAAGAGUGGAAAAAAGAUUACAGUCCUAGGGAGAGCGUUACCAAGUAUCUGAUUCACUUGAAUGAAAUUGAAAAGGCAGAUCCCAUUCUGUUAGUAGCGUAUAUUUAUCAUUUGUACAUGGGUCUCCUGAGCGGCGGAAUUAUUUUACAAAAGAAGAGGCAACUCGUGCGGAAAGCUUGGCCGUUCAAGCAGAUCCAAACGACAAGUAGUAAUAUCAUACAAUUUGGGGAUAGCAGCAUUUACGAACUGAAACAGUACAUGCGGGACACCAUGAAUAAAAUCGCGGAUACAUUGGACGAAGAUACAAAGGACAAACUUAUCGAAGAAAGUAAAACCGUUUUCGCAUUAAAUAAUGAAAUUAUAAGAAGUGUGCAGGGAAUUGGUACCGUUGCCUUGAAGAAGACAGCAUAUUUCGUCAUUUCUGUCCUAGUAUUUCUCUUUGCCUUUUUCAUAGUCUAUACGCAGAGUGCGUAAUCGGGAGUGGAAUUUUGUUGUUUUUUUUUUCUUUUUAAUUCAGUUUUUAGUUCAGUUAUCCGACUCGAAUAGUCGAUCUUGAUCCGAGGACGAGCGUGUACAGAUUUUGUAUGUACAUAGGAGGAUGUUUGGGUACGGUAGUUUCACAAUGAGACGGCCAAUUGUAUAUUCCAUAGUUUAUUCAUCUUUUCUCUGUGCUGGCGAGUAUUAAAAUAGAACGCACAGACUGUCGUUAUUACCAAAAAAAACGUUUGUUAUCAACUCCCGUCGUAGACGCGACGAAAAGACGAAUUCUUGAAACAUGUAAUAGUAAUUAUACAGUCGUGUUAUACUUAAUCUUAAUUUGUAAGAUCGUUUGGCAAUCAAAUACAGUUUGCCGAGAGAUCGUUGAGAUCAUAAA